AUGGUAAGGAGGAAUGCGAACAAGGCCCUUCACAAUGUCAAGGGGGAUCAUCCAUCGAUGGCCUUUCUUCAGAACCGCUCAAUAUCACUGGUGGACAUGUACAUUGACAACUCCGAACCUUCAGAAAACGUUGGACAAAUUCAUUUCUCUUUGGAAUACGACUUCCAAAAUACAACGCUCAUACUCAAAAUUAUACAGGGUAAAGAUUUGCCAAAUAGAAAGAAAAUACUUUCCCUGGGCAGGUCAGCAAACGCAUACUCAAAUAAUGAUUCGCCCAAGACAGAGGCGGAGAAACUAUGCGUGGCUGAAUCGUUAAGUAUCGCUGACUUUCAGGAGGUUGACCUCAGUGAAAAACCGGCAUUUUGGAAAGCGCUAAAACCACCCGCGAAGGACAAAUGUGGCGAACUACUAACUUCUCUCUGCUACCACCCCAGUAACAGUAUCUUAACAUUAACUUUGCUGAAAGCCCGAAAUUUGAAAGCCAAAGACAUCAAUGGAAAAUCAGAUCCAUACGUUAAGGUAUGGCUCCAGUUCGGCGACAAACGCAUUGAGAAGCGCAAGACAGCCAUUUUCAAGUGCACUCUGAAUCCCGUCUUCAACGAUACAUUCUCGUUCAACGUUCCCUGGGAAAAGAUCCGAGAAUGCUCAUUGGAUGUAAUGGUGAUGGACUUCGAUAACAUAGGGAGGAAUGAACUUAUUGGGAGGAUUCUCCUUGCCGGGAAAAACGGAUCGGGAGCUUCUGAGACAAAGCACUGGCAGGAUAUGAUAACGAAACCGAGGCAAACUAUAGUACAGUGGCAUAGACUCAAACCUGAGUAGAGGACGCACCUUUUUCGAUGGUAAUAUUUUUCGAAAGCACCCUAAUUUCCAGCUUCUCCGCUACGUUUGUUCAAUUAUUCGGAUUCCUUCGACAUUGAAACGGAAUGACAAUAAUUUUCUUUGACUGUUUUCAUAAUGGCUUUCACCAAUGUUUGCUUCUUGAUGUUUCAGUAUCAGCAGAAAUAGUCGGAUGGACCACUAAUGGUCUUCUCUAUCAAUUUCCUUUACUUUCAGUGAUUGUCCAUGCACAAAUGAACAAGUAAACGUACAAAGAUGUGUUCAAAGAACAUCGUUUACUUCCGGACUGUCUCUAUUAUCACAAAAUAUGCACACAAACAUAAUUUUUAUAUAAGUUUGUUUCCGGUUUGUCAACAUAUAAUAUUCCGACUAAGAAUUGAAAUAUUUUUUUAUUCCGUCUAAUCGAUUCAUGCUGCUCCUAUACAUUUUUUUAAUCUCUCCAAUGAGCACAAACAGUUGAAUACAGAAUAUAACGUUUUGAAUACCAUUGAAUUUUCGGAAAAAGAACUGUGAAAAUAUCUCCGAAACGAGAAGUAUUUUUUGUGAUACUUUAUAGUAAUGUUAAAAUUGUUAUAAUGAAUGUGAAUAUUAUUAGUGUUAGUUCAAGAUUAGGAAUUAUUAGACCUGCCCAAGUGUUCUAUUUCGAUGUGUACAGAAAAAAUGGUCCACAAAGUUAGAACUACAAGUUUUGAACAUGAGUUCAAACAAGUUGAGUAUUUUUUUAAUAGUAAUUCGGUUCAUCAUAAGCAUACCAAACUGAAAUUGGUUUUCCUGUGAGUUCAACUGGUUUUUGUUUAUUUACGACAGGAUAAUUUCCAUCGAUCGUUUUGAAUUCAUUGCCUUUAUUGAAAAUCAACCAGUGGUAGAAUUUUUUAUUUCAUUUAAUCGGGAAAAGACUCCAAGAACUCAAGAGUUCUUUUCUCUAAUAAAUAAAGAAGGGGUGAUCUUAAAAAGGAAAGAUUGUGAAAUAUUUGCGAAAUGUCAUCCAAUGCACUAUUUGUAGUAAUACGGGAGCCCAAGUGGGGAUUUCGGGAUUUACUAAAGCGCUGCAGAUUAUUAUACAGGGGGAUACCUUGA